AUGGGAACCAAAAAUACUAAAGAAACAAGUAAGCCAAUUAAUUUUACGGAAUAGAAAAGCCAGAAAUCAGUAUUAAUGAUCAAAAAAUAGAAAAAAUAGUAGAUUAAAUUUCAUUUAAUUAAAGAGUAAAAUCAAAAAGAUCUGAAUAGAAAUCACUUCCUAUUGUUUAUUAAUAUAAAAUCUAAUCAUAAUUACCUUAAUAAUGUAUGAACUUAAAAAAUUAUAUAUAGAAAAUGAUAUUUUUUAAGAGAAUGAUCUUUAAUUUUUAAAUUGCAAUGCUGAAAAUUAAGAAUGUGGAAAUUUAAAUUAAUCAACAUUUAAUUUAUAACCAGCUGAUUAUGGAUUGGGAUCAUUAAAUGAUGGAUAAAUACAAAGUUAAGAUGAUAAAAUUAUAGAUAAACUAAUAGAUGUUCAUGAAUCCAAAAAUAAACUUAGAAUAAUACCACUUAUUAUUUAAGAUGAAUAAAAUCCUAUUGUUUUAUAAAUUUAGGAUGAUUUAAAAAUUGAAUUGAAUCAACAUCAUCCCACAGAACAAGAAGCUAUUCCCUAUUAAGAUAAAUAUAUAUAGAUUAAUAAUUUAAGAAUAGCAGGUAUAUGGAGAUAUCUUAGUCCCUAUGAAGGCAUUCUAAAAAAUAAAUAACCAUUUUAGCUUUUUGACAAAUCAAUCUAUAUUGGAGAUUGGUUUAAAAAAAAGAAACAGGGAUUUGGUUUAUUAAUAAAUGAUGAGUAUAUCUAUGAAGGUUAUUGGUAUGAUGAUAAAUAUCAUGGCAAUGGUAAAAUAAUCUAUGGAAAUAGAAAUGUAUAUAUAGGUUAAUUCAAAUAUGGAUUAUAUAAUGGGGAAGGAUUAUAUAUUAAAAAUAUUGAUUAAGGUAAUAAAAUAUAUGAAGGAGAGUGGUUGCAAGGUUUGAAAAAUGGAAUGGGUAAGGAAUCAAUGCCUGAUGGAACUAUUUUUAUAGGAUAAUUUAAGGAUAAUGAAAGACAUGGUUAUGGGAAAUUAUUUAAUAUAAGAGAUUAAUAUGUUUUUGAAGGAUAAUGGAUUGAAGGUAUUACAUAAGAUAAAGGAACUUUAAUUUGGUAAGAUGGGAAAAGAUUUGAAGGAGGCUGGUAGAAUAAUAUGAUGAAUGGUUAAGGAGUAUUUAUAUGGCCAGGAGGUAAAAAGUAUGUUGGAAAUUAUGUAAAUAACCUCAGAGAUGGUUAUGGAGAAUAUUAAUAUAAGGAUGGUAAGAUUUAUAAGGGGAUGUGGAAAGAAGGAUUAAUGAAUGGGUAAGGUAUUAUUAUAUAUCCUAAUGAUACACAUGAGAGGGGAAUAUGGAAAUAAGGUAAGAGAGUUGAUUUAUAAGGGAAGUAGAAGCAUAAAAAGAAAUUAAUUUGAGC